UCGUGUUGUAAUUCGGUAACGUGUCCGUUCUCCCUCAGUUGGCCGGAGUUGUGCCUCAGUCAAACAGUUAUCACUGAAUUGCACGCUGCUAUGCUUAUAUGGUUAUAACUCGAUCAAAAUAAAUUGCCGUUUCUAAAUAAACCAUCUAAUUAAGCGCAGCUCUAUGAGCCGGCUGCGAUGGGCGGUCAAAAGUUUCAGUACGACGACAGCGGCGGGACAUUCUUCUAUUUUCUGCUCUCGUUUCUAGCCCUCAUCCUUAUUCCGGCCACGUUUUACUACUGGCCACGUAAACGAGUCGAAGAUCCAGAAAAAUUACGGAAGCAAUGCUGCUGCGAGUUAUGCGUACGAAAACGCCGGAUAAUGCGAAAUGCGCAGCCAUGGCAAAAGCCGAAGAACUUUGCCAUACAAUUCACGAUCAUCCUCGGCUGGGUGGCUUUGGUUUUCAUUGCAUACAAAGUCAGCCAGUUUGAUUAUGAGAUGGCCAACUUUGAUCCGUAUGAGAUUCUCAAGGUCUCUCCUGGUGCCUCACAAUCCGAGAUCAAAAAGAGUUAUAGGAAAUUGUCCUUGAUUCUGCAUCCUGAUAAGGAAACUGGCAAUGAGAAGGAAUUCAUGAAGUUAUCCAAAGCUUAUCAGGCAUUGACAGAUGAAGAAGCCCGAAAAAACUGGGAGAAGUACGGUAAUCCAGACGGGCCGGGCGCGAUGAGUUUCGGCAUUGCGCUGCCAUCUUGGAUAGUAGAGAAAGAAAAUUCCGUGUGGGUGCUAGGUCUCUACGCCUUGGUCUUUAUGGUAGCAAUGCCCAUUGUCGUGGGCACUUGGUGGUAUCGCAGUAUACGCUUCUCCGGCGAUCAGGUCCUCCUCGACACAACGCAAAUGUACUAUUUCUACUUCCACCGCACACCGAAUAUGGUCCUCAAGCGGGUGAUCAUGAUUCUCGGCGCGAGUUUAGAAUUCGACAAGAAGUACAACUCCGAAAUCGUAACCAGACCAUCGGACGACGAAGAAGUGCCGGCUCUAUUGAAGAAACUCGACAAACUCAAUGAGAAAAACAAAGAGCGCCCGCUGUGUUUCGCAUACAGUAUCAAAGCGCGCGCUUUGAUUCACGCGCAUUUAUCACGCAUUCCGUUAAAUCCCGAAACUCUCGAGAAAGAUAGACAGUACAUCGUCUCGAAAUGCCCGUACUUGAUUCAGGAGCAAGUGAAUUGCGUGAAUCAAUUGAUUUUAUUGGCGUAUGCAAGACGAGUGAAAACCCUGCCGAAUAUUGAAACCAUUGAAAACUGCAUGAAGCUAAGUCCGAUGAUGACACAAGGCAUGUGGCUGUACAUGUCGCCGUUUUGGCAGCUGCCGUAUAUAAACGAAGACAAUCUGCGAAUCUUUAUGACGAAGAAGUGGCCCAUCAAAAGCCUCCAACAACUCGCACAGAUGAAGAGCGAGGACCGACGACAGCUGCUGCGAUGUUUCAAUGAUGAUCAAUACAACGAUAUAAUGAAAUCGCUGGGAAGCAUGCCAUACAUUGACUUCCAAGUGGAUGUGAGGGUCAUGGACGAUGAAAAUCCUACAGAAGUCACUGCCGGUGCAAUCGUAACCGUUACGGUUACACUAGACCGUAAAGAUAUGAGCUCUCUUUUCGGUGACGACACUGUUCCGGAAGUUGUAUGCGACGAAGAUGGCGAACCGCGCAAUAAUUCUAAAGAUGAUAAAGAUAAAGACAAAGAGGAUAAAGAUGGUGGUGGUGAUGUGGAGAAGCGGCCGGCAUGGAUGAAACAGAAGAAAUCCGCCGGUAAAAAGCCCAAGAAACAAACAAAGAAGCCACGAAAGGCGAAAGUCGAAGAUUCGCCUGCGCAAGCGCAAGGACUGCCUGCACAACCUAGCCCAGCCGCUAGCAAAGAUGGCGAGGCAACACCCACAGAGAAAAAGAAACAGCCGAAGGAGAAAGAAGCCAAGGAUAACGAUGAGACGGAUGAUACCGACGCUUCGGAGGAUGAGAACGUGUCGGAGGACGAAAAGAACAAUGCGCAUCAUGAGGACGAUGAUGACGAGCAGUGGGAUCGCAUACAGCAGAAAUUAAAUCGUAGAGAUAAGGUGUUGGAGGGCAGAUCAAAGCAGUCGCAUUCAGUUGUGCACUGUCCGUACUUUCCGGGUGAUAAACAAGAGUACUGGUGGACGUAUAUUUGCGACCGCAAGUCGCGGACGUUACUGACUGCACCAUGUCACAUUACUAGUUUAGUGGAUAGUGAGGAAUAUCAAUUAAAGUUUACCGCUCCACGAUGGAAAGGUGUGUAUACUUUUACGGUAUGGCUGCGUUCGGAUUCGUACGUUGGUUUCGAUCAGCAGAAAGACAUCAAACUCGACGUCAAGGAAGCGCCGGCUGAAAUCACCGAACAUCCGCAGUGGGACUUUGAGAAUUCAGAAAACGAAGAGCAGGUCGAAGAUGACGGCCACGAGUCUGAGUACGCCACUGAUGAGGAUCUGCCCGAAGAUGACUCUUAGAUUUUAAAUGCGCAUUGUUCUGAACAGCAAUGUGUUCACCUGCGGCAGGCCGAGGAAUGGUAUGGUUAGGUUAGGUUAGCAUCAAAGAGCGUUUUCUAUGCAUGGCCAGAAUUAAUUUUUACCUAACUUUUAAACUAAAUUACUAUAAACUCUUUGAUGCUAACCAGGCGCGAAGCGUGCGGGAGAGAUUUUUAUUAAGAAAAGAAAAGUGCUAAAGAACUAGUUAAGAUUAAGAUGGUGUGGGUUUUAUUCAACAUUCAACAAGAACUUUUUGAUGACUUAUAUUGUAUACAAACACGAUGAGAUACCGCGUCGAUGUGGUAGGAUGAACCGUUCAAUUUAUUAAUUUAGCUGAGGUACCAAAGAAUUGCAUUCUUGUGAUUUCUACAACACACUUCUUGUUUCCCUGUUAAAUUAAAUGUUGUUCUUAAUAGUUUUUAAGAUCUUCGGGCAAUAGUUGCGAUAAUUUAAGAUUCUUUCCUUCUUCCGCAUCGACACAAUGGUAUUCAACCAGUAUAAAAACACAGAAUGCAACAUCAAUGCAACUAAUGCAAAAAACUGAUAUAUUUAUAAUAAAAUACGGGUGUUUGUGACACUUGAUGGUCGUGUACAACUUGUACGUGUUUCCUAUAAAAGCGCAAAUCACAUCAUGUCAA